GCUUGAGCGAGAACAGGAAGAGCUCCCAGAUAGACAACACAGAAAGCCGGUGUGUGUUUUAUUUUAACUGGAUUUCUGCAAGAAGGAAAGCCAUAUGGCUGCAGGAGGGAUGAAACUGUCGAGUUUAUGCUGUCUGCUCUUGUGUUUAAUAGCGACAGUGCUCGCCGGGAGAGAUUUCUACAAGAUCCUCGGUGUAACUAAAUCAGCAUCUAUCAAAGAGAUCAAGAAAGCCUACAGAAAGCUGGCCCUGCAGCUCCAUCCUGACCGGAACCAAGACGAUCCCAAAGCCCAGGACAAAUUUGCAGAUCUUGGAGCGGCUUAUGAGGUGCUGUCAGAUGAAGAGAAGAGGAAACAGUAUGAUUCUUAUGGAGAGGAGGGACUGAAAGAAGGUCAUCAUAGCUCGCACGGUGAUAUAUUUUCGAGUUUCUUUGGGGACUUUGGGUUUAUGUUCGGUGGAAACCGACAACAACAAGACCGGAACAUUCCUAGAGGAAACGACAUUGUGCUGGAUCUUGAGGUUACACUGGAGGAGGUUUAUUCUGGAAAUUUUGUAGAGGUGGUGCGAAACAAACCUGUUGCGAAAGAGGCUCCGGGCAAAAGGAAAUGCAACUGUCGCCAGGAGAUGAGAACCACGCAGCUCGGGCCAGGCCGCUUCCAGAUGACCCAGGAAGUAGUCUGCGAUGAGUGCCCCAAUAUUAGGCUUGUGAAUGAAGAGAGGACUCUAGAGGUGGAGAUCGAGCAGGGGGUCAGGGAUGAGAUGGAGUACCCCUUUAUUGGUGAAGGCGAACCCCAUAUCGACGGAGAGCCUGGAGAUCUUCGCUUCCGCAUCAAAGUCUUGAAGCACCCAGUGUUUGAGCGCCGAGGUGACGACCUGUACACGAAUGUCACCAUCUCCCUGGCGGAGGCUCUGGUUGGCUUUGAGAUGUAUAUCCCACAUUUGGAUGGCCACAAGGUUCAUAUUGUUCGAGAUAAAAUCACCAAGCCCGGAGCUCGAAUCUGGAAGAAGGGUGAAGGACUUCCCAACUUUGACAACAACAAUAUCCGUGGAUCGCUUAUAAUAACCUUUGACGUAGACUUCCCCAAGGAGCAGUUUAAUGAAGAGGAGAAAGCUGAUCUAAAGAAGCUUUUGAAGCAGACACCGGCUCAGAAGGUUUACAACGGUUUACAGGGAUACUGACACACCAGCCAACCAAACCAGGACUGAUUACCCUGUCAAGUUCCAUACCCCAUUUAAACACACACACAAAAAGAAGCAAGCAUGGAGGAUUUAUUUAUUUUCUCAGACUGUACUCAGGAUAGGUUGUCUGUACGUGUGGUUUUUUUUUUUUGUUUUUAUUUAGUUUUGAUUUGGGAUUUUUUUUAAAACCUUUCUCUCGAAGUAAGGUUAUCAAAAGCAGCCAGUUUUUAUUUUUUUAUUAUUAACCUUUUUUUCCCCCCCGCGAUUUGUUUCUUCUUUAAGGCUUUAAUGAUUUCGGUUUCAGUGUUUGCGUUACAGUUUAAUAGUUUUUUUUUCUGUCUUGGCCUACCCAGUCUACCCAGUCAUGACUCAACACUGUCCAGGAACCGAGCUGCCACAGGAAAGCGUAACGAGAAAGACCGAGGCUUUAUAUCGGAGGACACUGCGUCUGUACUGUUUGCCGUCAAAGCCGAAUAUUUCUUUUUCAGAAAGGAUUUAUAUGAAUGUGUUGUUUAUUUGUAGAUGUUUACCUUCGUGCUUCCUUCUUUGAGUAUUUCCUGGGGUGGGGGGGGUUUUGGGUCAUGUUUGUUAACUGUCAGAUAUUUCAUCCAACCUUUUUCAAUUUUUAACAUGUCAGACGUCACCUCCAUGGCCUUGCCUAUGAUUAAACUUUCGCCUCUGCUCCUGUUAAGUCCCAUGCCGGUGUGUUUCCACCAAGGGACUACUGCACUAAAAUUGCCCAAUAGGAGGAAAGUUUACAAGGAUCACAAGAAGACCUCAAUUAAAGGUUUAUAAUGAUGUUUCAAACUGA